AUGAUAACAAUAUGUCUCUUGACCUUGCAGGUUACCGACCCAAUGAAUAUCUCUGAGCCAGAUUCCCGUUUUGCUUUUGUAAAUGAAUUUACACUCCAAGGUUUCUCUUGUGAGUGGAAGAUUCAGAUCCUCCUCUUCUCACUGUUCACUAUGACAUAUGCUCUGACCGUAACAGGGAAUGGAGCCAUUGUUUGUGCACUAUGGUGUGACCAGCGACUUCACACUCCCAUGUACAUGUUCCUGGGGAAUUUCUCCUUUCUAGAGAUAUGGUACGUUUCCUCUACGGUCCCCAAGAUGUUGGUCAACUUCCUCUCAGAGAAGAAAACCAUCUCCUUUGCAGGAUGUUUCCUCCAAUUCUAUUUCUUUUUCUCUUUGGGGACAUCUGAAUGCUUGCUCUUAGCUGCCAUGGCCUUUGAUCGCUACCUUGCUAUCUGCCGUCCCUUGCACUAUCCUAAUAUCAUGACUGGGCAUCUCUGCACCAAACUGGUCAUUACCUGCUGGGUUUGUGGAUUUCUGUGGUUCCUGAUCCCCAUUGUUCUCAUCUCUCAGAUGCCCUUCUGUGGUCCAAACAUUAUUGACCAUGUUGUGUGUGACCCAGGGCCACUGUUUGCAUUGGCAUGUGCCUCUGCCCCCAAAACCCAAUUAUUCUGCUACACUCUAAGCUCAUUAGUUAUUUUUGGUAACUUCUUCUUUAUUCUUGGGUCCUAUAUCCUUGUCCUGAUAGCUGUCUUGCGUAUGCCUUCAGGCACUGGGAGACAUAAAGCCUUCUCCACCUGUGGGUCUCAUUUGGCUGUGGUAUCAUUGUUCUAUGGCUCUCUGAUGGUCAUGUAUGUGAGCCCAGGACUCAGCCAUUCUGCUGGGAUACAGAAAAUUGCGACUUUGUUCUAUGCUAUGGUGACCCCACUCUUCAACCCCCUCAUCUACAGUCUCAGGAAUAAGGAGAUAAAGGGAGCCCUGAGGAAACUUUUGGGAGUUCUGUCAUAAUCUAAGGUAUCCUAGAUGAUUACUCCAUGAU